GGCCGACGUGUCCGGACGUAUGUGGGACGUCUUUUAUUUUUUUUUUUAUAAAAAAAUAUGACGUGUUAGUGUAAACUGUAGUGUUGUGUUUGUGAGUGUAGGGACUGUUCGGUGGUCACCAUUGUUCAACAGGGAUGGUGAUGGCCAGCGGUGGUGGUGGGGGGCUGGUGCAGUCCCCACCAGACAUGAUCCAUCAUCACAACAUCAUGGAUACUUCAUCACACGUCGAAAUGAUGCCAAAAAAACUCCGGCUGUCCUUAUGCGUGGGUUGCGGUGGUCAGAUCCACGACCAGUACAUCCUGCGAGUGGCGCCGGACCUGGAGUGGCACGCCGCCUGCCUCAAGUGCCAGGAGUGCCGCCAGUUCCUCGACGAGUCGUGCACUUGCUUCGUUAGAGACGGGAAGACUUACUGCAAACGGGAUUAUACUAGGUUAUUCGGAACAAAAUGCGACAAGUGUGGAUCGUCGUUUAGCAAAAACGACUUCGUGAUGAGGGCAAAGACGAAAAUAUACCACAUAGACUGCUUCAGGUGUUGUGCGUGCGCGAGACAGCUUAUACCAGGUGACGAAUUCGCGUUAAGAGAAGGCGGGGCCUUGUAUUGUAGAGAAGAUCACGACGUAUUAGAAAAGAGUGCAAACACAAGCGGUGCCAGCAGCGGCAAUGCGGAGAGCAACAACAACACAACACUUAGUAACAACAACUCACACCAUCCCCACGAGCUCGGCUCAAUGUCCGAUUCGGGCAGCGAGUCUGGCUCUCACAAGAGCGGCCGGGCUCGGACCACCGCCGCUGCAGACGGCAAACCGACCAGAGUUCGCACUGUUCUUAACGAGAAACAACUGCAUACACUCAGGACAUGCUACGCAGCAAAUCCUCGUCCAGACGCACUAAUGAAGGAACAACUGGUAGAGAUGACGGGACUCAGCCCGCGCGUCAUUCGCGUCUGGUUCCAGAACAAACGGUGCAAGGACAAGAAGAAGACAAUCCAGCUCAAGAUGCAAAUGCAGCAGGAAAAGGUGAUGAGCUUUGAUGAAGGUCGUCGCCUGGGGUACAUGUCGAUGGGGGUGCCCCUAGUGGCAGGGUCCCCGGUGCGUCAUGAGCCCGCAGGGUCCCUCGCACUGGAGGUGACGGCAUACCAACCCCCGUGGAAGGCGCUAUCGGAUUUCGCCCUUCAUGCUGAUCUCGAUCGGGCCCCUCAUCACAGCGCGGCUUUCCAGCAGUUGGUUAGUCAGAUGCAUGGCUAUGACGUGCCGUCGCUCCCUCCUCCGCGGCCACCUCAUGGUGGAGAAGACAACUACGUCACGUAUCUGGAGAGCGAUGACAGUCUGCCCCCCUCGCCCUAGUGCCGUCUCACCUAACGCCCUCUCUUAAUCGGAGUAGACAAAUAUCAUUUGGCACGCUAGUACUAGAGGGCGCUACUGGGAUUAUUGGAUUAUUCGAAUUCAUGGUGAAAACCUAUAGUGCAAGAAUGAAUGUUACAUUAUCUUAAAAAUGAUACUGAUAAUAUAGUUAUUCGUCGUUAAUGGGUUCGAAUAUCGAUUAUCGAUAUAAUGUUAAAUGAAAUGUACCUAUGAAAUGCACAAGCUUUUAUGUGUUUGUUAGUGCUGUCUGUAAAUUCAACAUGUCAAAAGUAUUACAGUUAAGCUAUUUAUAAUAAUAAAUAAUUGUCCUGCAUUUUAAUUUUAAUAUCUCAAUGUUGUAAACCUUUCAAUACAACAGCUAGAUAAAUAAAAUUUGAACGAGUUUUUAAUGGUGAAAGCGCACAAGUAUUUUAAAUCAACUGAUCAAUACGGAACAAGCGCCACGCAAGUUGUUAUAAUAAUAAUUUUCUUGUAUAGUUUUGUGAUGUUUACCAUUAGUUUGUUAGUUUAAAUAUUUAAUUCUUUCUAUGCUGGCAUGGACAGCUUUUAGAAAAUUCUUAUUUGUUAUUGUUAUUACUGUGCCGAAAUAAUCACUAGCUCAAGGUAUUUGUAAAUUGUUGAAAUAUUACUUUCUUGGCAACACACCUAACAAUUAUUUUUAUUAUUUAGUAGAAAUCAGUGAUGGUAGAAUAAUUGAAUAUUUCAAAGUAUGUAUAAUAAUUAUAUAAUGACGGUAACAAAUGCCAGAAUAGAGAAAGUUAAAUAAAUAUCGAGAUCUGUUAGCGACGUAUAUUAUGUAUAUAAAUAUUUGUAAAUAUGAUUGUAAAAAUUAUCAAUUUAUUGUACUUAAUGUUAGUUAUAAAUAGUAGAUUGCCUGUAGAAUCAACUGUUUCUCUACCCUUAGUUAAACGAUUAUAAUAUGUCAGUAUAUUGUGAACAGAUUUGGAGUGAAAAUAACUCUAUCUGUUGUAAAAUCAGCUCAUAGCCUAACAGACUCUCAACCAAUAUACUGUCAUAUUUCAAGUGACAUAAGGAUGCAGUUGGUUUAACAAUCAAUCUAUCAUGUAAGAAUGCCUUCAGCGAAUUUUGUGUAGAUUAAAAACCAGUCAUUUUGUAAGUUUUGGGGUAUUUUAAAUGUAAAUAAUUGUCAUUGCUUAGUACUGUAAGAUUUCUUUAAACAACACAUACGUAUAUUAACUCUUUUGUAAAAACUAACAACAGUUUAUGCAUGGGAAUAAAUAGAUAGGUAUGAUUGUUUACCAUUAAAAUAAUGACUAGGUUCACAAGUUUUGAAAUUUGUGAAAUUUUAAUCAAGAUUCUGGCCGCAUUCGACAGAUGUCGUUAUGAAAUGUUUUAAUACCCAAUAGAUGGCGGUAUUAAGAAAAAUACAUAAUAAUAAUAUUGAUAAAUGUAUUCCCAUACAUAAAUUGUUAUUACAACUGAUGUAUAAUUCAAAAUAUGCUAACUUUAUAGAGAUUACCAGAUGUUAAUUUAUUAUGUAGGUAAAAUACACUGUACUUAGCAUUGUGAGCAUAAUAAUAAUUAUAAUAUUGAAUACGUAAAA